UGAUAGUCCUUGAGCCUGGCCAAGUGCGGCUCAGUAAUGCCUCUUACGGAAUGACGACGCGUCACAAGUGCCGAGUUAUUCUAUUCUAGCAACAUAGAUGGGCCGCCCAGAUUCUGUUUAAUCCUAUGGAAUAGAUCCAUACAGCACUCUCUCGUUGUGCUCCGAGUGAACUCGGGAAUUGCAUAUUUGUUGCACUUUCAAUAGUCCCAAAUGCUGCAUCGUGAAAUCCAACUAAGCUGAGGAAUUUGUUCUAACAUGACAGCGCAAUGAAUAUCAGCACUAAUUAGGCACAAGAACCCUACGAAACGGCUGGGCAUUUCUAUCUUCGGUGUUGCUUAUGAAAGCUCGCUACCCUGCUGCGGGAACGAUCUGCGGGUUCGGAUGGAUUAUGACAGGGGGGCGGUAAUCCUCAGAUGAUCCUUCAACAGCACGUUGUUGACUGUGCAAACUACAGCCACCAAUGUUCUACGUUAUUGUAUCAUGUUUCUACACAGAAGCUAUUACCGAUGGCGCAGCGGCGAUGUAAAGAAGCGGCUCCGUGGCCUGGCUUCGGUCACUCCAGACUGAAUUCUAUUAUAUAUAGAUCAUCCAUCUUCCUCGAGAGUGGUCUAAUCAAAUCAACAUAGAUCAACACCAAAACCACUAUCAACGAACAUCAAAGCAGGCCACAAUACAACAACGCCAACACCAGAAUCAAUAUCUAGAGUACUACCGACUACAACAUUCAAAAUGAAGGCUUCUCUAUCUCUGGUUUCCAUUUUCGUCAGCUUUUGCUUGACAGGCGUCCAGGCCGAGCUACCAUACAACGUUCCUCAAAUACGACGAGACAACGGCCCUCCCGUCUUCCCGCCGAACCACGCUGGUGAAUACCAUCUUCCCAGCGGUUACCCUCACCACUCGCACACAUCGUACCCCACACCCACAGGCCAACCCGCCCCGACAGGCGGUUACCCUCACUACCACCACCAACCUCCGCGAGACCUUCCCAAGACCUUCGUAACAGUCACCGGAACCGGCUCCGGCUACCCUCUUCCAACCGGUGGCUUCCCGUUCCCGACCGGUAGCCCCAACCAAUUCCAGCCCACUCCGUGUGAGACUGUUUCCGACUGCAAGGACACAUUCUGCGCUCAAGUAGGUCUGGGUGUUCAGUGCUCGCAAAAGAGCAACGGAAAGUUCUGCGGCUGCACACUUCCAUCAUCGUCUUAAGGCGCGACACGACCGUCAAUGAUUUUGGCUCAAUAUUGUAGAAUUACUCGCAUGGCAUAGGCGUUGGUAUUGGAAUUCUAAUGGUGGUUUUGUUUUGUUUGGUCUAGAAAAAGUUUAGAUAUUUUGGGGGUUAUUUAUACAGG